AUGUCGCUGUUGGUGCUGCUGCUGUUGGUGCUGCUGCUGGUGCUGCCGUUGUUGUGGUCGGUGCUGCUGCUGCUGGUGGUGCUGCUGCUGGUGCUCCUAGGCAGCAUGAUUUCUAUGUCGGUGUAUAGUUUGGAGAGGCAGACCCGAUUCUCUACAAUGUAUAUCCUGCUGCUUGUGAUCGUGUCUGGAGGUACAGGGAAACGUCUGCUGGAACUCUUGCUGCUGCACUUCGUGCUGCCGUUGAUGCUCUUGCUGCUGUUGCUGGUGCUGCUGGUGCUAUCUUCGUCAUAUCCUUCACCUCCGUCUUCUCCUUUCUCUACUUCUUCCUCUCCUUCUCGUUUCUCAUCCCCUUCCGCCUUCUUCCUCUGUUCUCCUCUUUUGCCUCCCUCUUCUUCUUCAUCAUCAUCUUCUUCUGCGUCUCCAUCAUCUCGUUCUCCGUCUUCUCGUUCUCCGUCUUCUCCUUCCUCUUCUUCUUCUCCGUCUUCGUCUUCUCCUUCUUCUCCUCCGUCUUCUUCUUCAUCAUCUUCUUCUUCUUUUUCCUCUUCUACUUCCUCCUCUUCUGCUUCCUCUUUUUCUUCUGCUUCCUCUUCUUCUCUUUCUCCUCCGUCUCCUUCUUCUCCUUCUUCUUUUUCUCCUUCUUCUUCUUCUUCUUCUCUUUUUUCUUCUAGUUCUUCUCCCUCUUCGUCUCCUUCCUCCUCCUCUACUACUACUUCUUCCUCCUCAUCUCCUUCUUGUUCCACUCCUUCUUCUUCUUCUUCUUCUUCCCCUUCUCCUUCCGCUUCAUCUUCUCCUUCUCCUUCUAGUUCUUCGACCUCUGCUCCAUCUUCUUCUCCUUCCUCUUCUUCUUGUUCUUCUUCCUCUUCUUGUUGUUCUUCUUCUUCUUGUUGUUCUUCUUCCUCUUCUUCUUCUUCUCCUCCUUCUUCUUCAUCUCCCUCUUCAUCUCCUUCUUCGUCUUCAUCUUCUUCUCCUUCUUCUCUUUCUUCGUGCGCUACUGCUGCUGUUAGCGAGCAGCAAUACUCACCCGAUAGCAUUC